AUGGCCACGUGCACAUCUAACGACACCAAUGACGGUCUUGUAAAAAAGGGAACAAUCUUGCAAAACAUACUCAAAGUAAGGGACCGUCGAUACUUGAAAAAGAACCCCAUUACUCAACUUGAACGAAUGCAAAAGCCAUACGCCUCUUUGCUUUCUGAUGAGGAUGUUUUAAGACCUAUUCUUAGGUCAGAGCUUAAAAAAGGCGCCGACGACUUGAUUCAAAACGGUGUUUCAGUUGAAUUAAUCAAGAAAGUUUUUAAAUCAGUGUGUGAUAUGAUCGUCAACAAGAUCAAAGAAUCAGCUGUAAACAUGGAGGAUUCAAAGAUGAAAGGCGCACUAUCCGCAUUUUAUGCCACACAACUCCAGAAAGAGCUGUUCCCCUCAGAACCUUCUCGGAAACAUAUGGCAGAGAUUAUGGUUGGUGCUGUCCAUGCUGCAGGAUAUGAUCAUGAGUAUGUUGGUCCGUUUCGUAAAAUUUUAAGUGAAUAUGAAGAUGGGUACGAGUCAAUUGGAAUAAUAAAGGUUUCUGGUGGUUGCGUCGAUGACUGCUUUUUUGAAGAAGGUAUCGCCUUUAAACCACGUGGUGAUGGUUUUAAUGAGCGGAAAGUGGUUAAUCCAAAGAUCCUGCUCUUAAACAUCAAGCCUGUUCAAAAUAUCAAUGAGAGGGUUGACCUAAACAUAGAGGAUAUACUAAAUAAGACACAGAAGAAUCAUGUGAAGGAUCGUUCCAUCGUUGUUUUAUCAUGUCAAGCUCUUGAUGAGGAUGCAAAAAAGGUAUUGGCAAGCAGGCAUAUAUGUUUUGCAGAUCUAGUUUCAGAAGUUGAUCUACGUCGUAUUGCAGGUGCAACUUGUGCUUGUAUCAUAUCAAGCAGCAAUGACUGCCGACUAAGCAUAGUAAUUCUCUUCUAUCUAAUAAAACUAUAUGUUUAUUGA